ACAGAUCGGAAAUUCGGAGAGAAAAGAAAGAUAUCUGAAAGGGAACUUCGUGCAUGGGCAACAACGACACAAGAAGAAUCUCCCUGCAACAAAAGCUGUCUUCGUCAUUGUCCCACUUCUAAUUUCAGGUUUUCCUCGAUCUAGGGUUCUUCUUCUGCGCAUUCUUCCCUCCGUCUUCUGCUUUUUCCAGUUCAUCCGAGAUUUUGAAGUCCCUAAGCAGAUUCCAAGUGAGAAAUGGUUAAACCGGGCAAUGCAUCGCAGAUAAGGCCGAUGAAAACUGUAUAGAAAGUCACAUUACUUUCUGGAUUGUGGUCGAGAUGGAGACAAGAAGGUCUGGAGAGAAAGAAUUCCCGAAUGGCGAUUCCUAUACCGGAGAAUUGAAAGGAGAACUUCCUCACGGGAGGGGAAAAUACUCGUGGUCAGAUGGAACUUUCUACGAGGGUGAUUGGGAAGAAGGAAAAAUCUCUGGGAAAGGAAAGCUUAAAUGGUCGUACGGGGCAGAAUAUGAGGGAGAUUUCUCUGGAGGAUACCUUCACGGUUUUGGGACCUUAACUUCUCCUGAUGGGUCAGUCUAUAAUGGAGCCUGGAGAAUGAAUGUAAGGCAUGGUUUAGGAAGGAAGGAGUAUUCUAACUCGGAUAUAUACGACGGUUCUUGGAAAGAAGGAUUGCAAGAAGGAAGUGGUAGUUAUUCUUGGAACAAUGGGAACAGGUAUAUAGGGAAUUGGAAGAAGGGUAAGAUGUAUGGGAGAGGGGUCAUGAGGUGGGAAAAUGGCGAUCUUUUCGACGGGUUUUGGGUUAACGGGUCCAGGCAUGGCUCGGGGGUUUACAGAUUUUCGGACGGAGGUCUCUAUUUCGGGACAUGGACUCACGGUCUGAAGGAUGGGAAAGGAACCUUUUAUCCUGCAGGAAUUAAGCAUCCUUCUCUGAAGAAGUGUUGUCACUCUCUUGAGUACAACGACACCAGGAAUUUCCUCCUUUCUCGAAGUUCGUCGAUAAAUCUCGAGGAAGUAAGGCAUUCGAGAACCAUCACGCGAAGUCUUUCUGAGAAAAUACCGACAAGUGUAACGAUUAGGAAUUCGGGUAGAAUAUCAGAUAGGUUUCUUCCGGAUGAGAAUAAAAAUCCUGUUGUUUAUGAGAGGGAAUACAUGCAAGGAGUUCUGAUUAGAGAACGCGUCUUGAGUUGUGGCGACAUGUCUCAUAAGACGAAGCCUCCGAGCCGCCCGAAAGAAGUCGGGACUAGCACUUGUAUCAACCUUUUCGGGGGCAGACAAAGUUACUAUCUAAUGCUUAAUCUCCAACUUGGUAUCAGGUACACUGUCGGGAAAAUCACGCCUGUUCCAAGACGGGAAGUCCGUGCUUCCGACUUUGGAAAUAAAGCAAGAAUCAGAAUGUUCUUCCCUAGGGAAGGUUCUCAGUUUACACCACCGCACAAAUCUAUCGAUUUCUACUGGAAAGACUAUUGUCCAAUGGUUUUCAGGAAUUUGAGGGAGAUGUUCAAGUUAGAUGCUGCAGAGUACAUGAUGUCUAUUUGUGGUGAUGAUGGCUUGAGGGAAAUUUCUUCUCCAGGCAAAAGUGGAAGUCUCUUCUAUCUUUCUCAUGAUGACAGAUUUGUCGUGAAGACAUUGAAGAAAUCCGAACUGAAAGUUCUACUCAAGAUGCUGCCUAAGUACUAUGAUCAUGUAGGGAAAUAUGAAAACACACUUAUAACAAAAUUCUUUGGAGUUCACAGGAUCAAACUCAAGUGGGGCAAGAAGGUAAGGUUCGUGGUCAUGGGGAACAUGUUCUGUACAGAACUGAAGAUUCAUCGUCGUUACGAUCUUAAGGGCUCAUCUCAAGGGAGAUUCACUGACAAGAACAAGAUAGAGGAGAAGACAACCUUAAAGGAUCUUGAUCUUGCCUAUGAAUUUCACAUGGACAAGCUCCUAAGAGAGGCACUCUUCAAGCAAAUCGAUCUGGAUUGCUCGUUCUUGGAAUCGCUGCAAAUCAUAGAUUACAGCCUUCUGUUGGGAUUGCAUUUCAGAGCACCCGAGCAUCUCGAUAAUAUCCUCGAGCCUCCUAACUCGAUGUCGGAUCAAGAUAGUGUCGCUUCGGUGGAAGCUGGUUUGUCUCAGGAACUGUCCAUUCCUCCGAAAGGAUUGCUUCUGGUAAGACAUGAGCCGAGUUCAGUGAAUACGGAGCCUGGUCCACACAUAAGAGGAAGUGCACUAAGAGCAUUCUCUGUCGGAGAGAAAGAAGUUGAUCUUAUCUUGCCUGGUAUCACAAGGCUGCGAGUACAGCUAGGAGUGAACAUGCCGGCUCAAGCUCACCACAAGGUGCUCCAGGAGGAAGAAGAGAAGACGACGAGCAUCGAGCUGUUCGAGGUAUACGACGUCGUUCUCUACAUGGGAAUCAUCGAUAUCCUUCAAGAAUACAACAUGAGGAAGAAAGUGGAGCAUACCUGCAAAUCCCUCCACUACGAUCCCUCCUCCAUUUCUGUCAUCCAACCCAAGCUCUACUCCCAGCGUUUCACACGUUUCCUCCGCAAGGUCUUCCCACCACAGUCAUCUUAAUACUUAAACUUUCUGUCAUUUUGUU